AUGGGAGACAACAGGAACAACCCCCUUAGGCCAGCAAUGCUCUCUCAAUCAAUAUCUCGUCGUCGACAACGCAAUAAUACUACGAGUCCAAGAAAAGUGACCUUUCUCGCCUCGUGCUGGGCCAUCUUUUGCAUACUCUCAUGCUAUUCCGUGGAGGUUGUCAUUGCUGUUGAUAGUGAUUACGACUAUGUCAAGGAAGUGCUAGAAGAAGAACAGCAACAUUAUGGGGACGAUUACAAUAACAAUGAUGACCGUACACAAGAAUCAAAAGAAGAACUGCUUCGCAAACAACAGGAGCAAGCCAAAGCACACCAGGAAGAACAAGAUCGACUGCGUGCCGAAAAGCUAGCCCAAGAACGAGAACGAUCCUUUCAAAAAGAAUUGGCGAGAUUGGACGAAGAACAAAGGAAAAAAGCUCUGAAACAAAAGAAAAAGGAUACCAAAUUGGUAAAGACCAUUCUGAAAUGGUCCCAACAGUCGUCAAUACCCGAUCCAAAGACUGGUGCGAUCCAAGUUCCUGAUUUCUACAAAAUUUUGGGUCUACGGAAUUGGAACUUGUACUUGCCAGCCAAAAAAAUUGAAGCGGGUCCCAUAAAGUUCACUUUUCCUGGUGUGACUUUGAAAAAGACAUCGCAAAAAGACAUCCGCAAGGCCUUUCGAUUACGGACCAAGAUGGUCCAUCCGGACAAGAACAAAGAUGGCUUUGCCCAUGAGGCCUUUUUAGCAGUCGAACAUGCCGCUUCGGUAUUGUCAGAUGAGACCUCUCGCAAACAGUACGACCUCCAGUUGCAAGCCUGGCAAAAAGCCCAUUGGGAACAACAGCAGGAAGUAGUGAUGCGUGUUUGGAGGACCAUUCGAAAUACCAUGAAAGCGAUUUCCUCAGUACUGGGUCCCUUUGCGACUCCGAUUUUCAUCUUGACUGCCCUUAUAAUAUAG